AUGAAUAUCUUACCUAAAAAGAGGUGGCAUGUACUGAAGAAGGAGAACAUUGCCCGUGUGAGAGCAGAUGAGGCGAAAUUUAAUGAAGAACAGAAAAAGAUCGAAAUUAAAGCACAGCUUGCUGACCAGGAAGCAAGGGUAGAUUACUUGAGAAAACAGAGGAAAAUUAAAUCGUCAUCUGCCUCUGGCUUAGAUGGAUUCCAACUGGCUUUAGACAAGGAUAAUGUCCUAAAUGUUUCGCAAGGAAAUAUUGAUUAUGAAAAAGAAAAGAAAGAAGAACAGGAAAAAAAGGAAAAGGCGAUCGGUCUUCUAACAUACUUAGGUCAAACUGUUCUGGAUGCUGCAGGUGAAAAACCUUGGUAUGAUAUACAUCCUCGAGAUCAUCAGCGGCGUGAAAGCGAACGUAAAAAAGACAAUGAGGAGAUGGAAAUAAAAAAGAAAAUCUUGGCUGAUCCGCUGACAGAAAUGAAGAAAGUUGAAAACAUGUUUAAGCACCAUAAGGAAAUGAAAAAACAACAAGAAGCCAGUGAAUUACAACGCGCUAAUGCUUGCAUCCAUGCAAUGCCAUCUCUGUUUCCUGAUGACAUAAUAGUACCAAAGCAUCAAAAUCAAAAAAUAGCUGCACAAAAGAAAGUAGAAAAUGGAGAUCGUUCAAAAUUAACCGAAUCUAUACUCACACUUAGUGAGCAUACGUCGAAAACAUCACCUGCAGAAGUUCUUAAAUUUGAUGAUAAAAUUGAGAAGUCAAAUGUAAUUGAAAUGGCCAAGAGUUCAGAAAUCAAUCGUCUCCGAGCACAACGACUACAGCGCGAGCGAAAAGAAAGAGACAGAGCCGCAGUCUUGCUAGCAAAGUCCAUGGGGUUGACAGAUAUCUUAAGACACCCGAUUGAGGAACAAGUUUGCGUUGACGAACGUAAACUGCCCUUCAAUUCUGCAUUUAAUCCUGAACUGUCUGCCGUUCUAUCAGAACGACGUCGACGCCACAGAGAAUCACGGAAACGACAUUACGAUGAACAAGACUAG